AUGUCCUUUGAACAAGAAACUGGAUUGCAUGAAUUGCAACCUGAAUCGUAUACAUUACUGAAUUCUUCCACUCCAACAACAUACAUAACAACCGAGAAACAAGCUCUGAUGUCCCAGCAAUCGGAUAUAACGCUGCAGCAAUCACAAGAGUUGGAUCAACCACCAUAUGCUGAAAAACUGGUGAAAAGUGCUGAUGCACCCAUCUCUAUCGAACGUGAUGAGGCCGAGGUUACUGUCAAGUUGUCUAAUUUCGAAUUUGUAAUGAUCUUAUUGUCUCUUGCUGCCGCUGUACUACUUGCUGCCUUGGACCAAACUAUCAUCUCUGUCGCUAUUCCUGCAAUUGCUACAGAGUUCAACGGGUUGGAAAAAAUCGUUUGGGUUGGAUCUGCUUACUUUUUAACCUCAACACCAUUCAUUCCCUCGUACGGAAAGCUGGCGGAUGUUUUCGGUCGUAAAGCUACUUUUCUUGCCGCGGUCGUCAUCUUUGAGGUUGGUUCCAUGUUAUGUGGUGCUGCACCAAGUCUUGAUGUGUUGAUUGUUGGAAGAGCAAUUGCUGGAUUAGGUGGAGGAGGAAUUUUCUCCAUAUGUAUUAUCAUCAUUGCUGAUCUGGUACCACUCAGAGACAGAGCACAAUACUCAGGUAUUAUCGGAGCUGUAUUCGGUCUUGCCAGUGUCAUUGGUCCUUUAGCUGGCGGGGCACUUACCGAUCACGUCAGUUGGCGUUGGUGUUUCUUUAUUAAUGGGCCAAUUGGUGUUGUUGCCGUCGCAAUCAUUGUGGUGUUCUUGAGACUACCUCCUCCAAGUGGAGAUCUUUGGACUAAAUUCAAGAGUAUUGAUUGGCUGGGCACACUCUUCUUGGUUUGUGCUGUCAUAUUUUUGUUGGUACCUCUUCAAUCUGGUGGUUCCAUUUACCCAUGGGACAGUCCACUCGUCAUCACCCUUUUCGUCCUUGGAUUCGCUUUCAUCCAAAUCUUCAUCCUAUACGAAGUCUACGUCGCUGCAGAUCCAGUCAUCCCGAUGAGCCUGUUCAAGAACCGAUACCUGGUCUUCACGUACAUUAACACCCUCUUUAAUGGAAUGGCUUUCUUCUGCUUAGUUUAUUACAUUCCUCUGUACUUUGAAACUACAAAUGGAUUGAGCGCUACCCAAGCCGGUGUCUCCAGUCUGCCCUUCAUUUUGGCUGUCGUCGUUGCCAGUAUCGUGGCAGGAAUUCUCGUCACAGCUACUGGUCACUACACUCCAGUAGUUCUAAUCGGAUGUACAAUUGGUGCUGUUGGUGCCUUCCUUGUAUCAAGACUGGACGAAAACAGUGGACGAGGCGCACAAAUCGGAUACCUCAUUAUUGCCGGUGCUGGUUUGGGUCUAUCAUUCCAAACCACUCUUAUCGCUUCUCAAGCUGCUGUUUCGGAGGAUUUAUUGGCUAUUGUAACAGCCAACAACCAAUUCUGGCAAACGAGUGGCGCUGUUUUGGGUCUAGCCAUCACUUCAACAGUAUUCAAUAACAAACUAUUGACAUACCUGGCUGAAGAUGCUCCUGGCCUACCAUAUCCUUCAGUUAUUGCUCAGAAUCCAUCUGCACUAAGAAACCCGAUAUUUGUGCCUCCAGAACUACAAGCUGCUACGAUACAUGCCUUUAACAGGGCAUUGUCUCUGAUAUAUUUGUCGGCUCUACCGUUUUCAGGGUUGGCUGCUCUAUUUGCACUGGGAAUGCAAUGGAAACGUCUUCCAAAGACUGCUGAUGUGCAGAUGGUAGCUGGUUGA